AUGAGUCGCAGGCUCUCUGUCGUGGACCUUACCUCUGCUCAUCUAAGGUCUGAGCGCCGCUCUUCCGCCUCGUCUGCUCGUAAUCAUCAACCAACGCCAGAUCAAGCGGGGAGCCCAGCGACACCCCGCGGAGUUAAGCGUCGACGAGAAGACGAUGGUUUCUGGAGUCCAGAAAAUUCGGAUAGUGCUCAAGAUGGAGAGCAGGAAUACGAAGACGCUGUCGAGUCUAUUGACUUGACGGAACCUGAGAGUCUGCUUUCCAAGGCGCUUGCUAAACAACGGGAAGAUGCAAUUAAGGCCCAGCAGUCAACAGAAGGCGAGAAAGGCAGUGGUUCUAUGUUAAGUGCGUAUAAAUGCCCGGUUUGUAUGGACACGCCGGAAGAUGCAACAAGCACAUCCUGUGGCCAUCUCUUUUGCCAUCGUUGCAUUGUUGAAUACCUAAACUCAGCCGAUCAAAGACUAGACUCGAGCAAGCAAGUUCGGGGUACCUGUCCGAUAUGCCGAAAGCCCAUUACAAAGGUUGACGUGAGCGGGCCAAAGAGAAGUCUCAUUCCCCUGGCACUCAAGUUGACGACGAAGAAGCGGAGCCUCCCUUCAGCUUCCCAGGCAUGA